UAUAAGUCAGUUAAAAAUGGAGAGUCAGCUAGUAAUCUGUUUUACUGUCCUUAUCACACAAUUCCUUUCAGGAAAUUGUAAGAACUAUCUGGUUGAGACGAAGGAUGAACCUGGAGUUGUAGAACUGGGAGGAAAGUAUGGAGAUUAUUCCAAUUCUGGUUACAAAGAUGCCUGUGAAAAAGAUGCACAUUGCCGUGAUGGGGAAUAUUGCUGCACAACCAAAGUUUGCAAAGAAUUGCCUCCAUGUGAGGGGAGUAAAGAUUGUCCAGAUAAUUUGAUCUGCAACAAAAACAACCUGUGCCAGCGGCCAAAGACCUAUGGUGCAGAUUAUAAUUAUAGUAAUUAUAUAGAUGUUAGAGCAUAUUGAAUAUAGAUUAUAUAGAUGUU